AUGUCUGCAGAAGACUCACCUGCGGCCACAAGCCCCGCAAAUGCUGUGAACUCGAAGGCUGGAAGUACCGAAUCCACACCUUCUUCAGCACAAGGAAAAUCCCCCAGUACGAAAUCAGGCAAUGUAAAGGAAAAUGCGAAACACACGCCCGAUGGAGGAAAGUUAUCAGCUGCAGAACUGAAAAAGAAGGCAAAGGAAGAGAAGGCCGCACGCAGAGCUGCAGCAGUACAGAGCAAAGCAACGGCUGAAAAUCCAACUCCUGCCGCGGCGGCACCAGGACAGAAAAGCGAGUCUGCGAAGGGAGGAAAAACUCAGCCUAAAAAAGGGUCAGAAGUACGAAAUUUGCCAGUCAGAGGAGGGCCAACAAAAUCCGCCCCAGCUGUAGAAGUCACGAAGGUCGAAGAUAAGACCGUUGAUCUCUUCAGACACUUAUAUAAACCACGGACAACUACGAUUGCUGAGGCAAACAAAGAUGUUCAUCCCGCAGUGCUUGCUCUUGGGCUGCAAAUGAGUAAUUACACAAUAUGCGGCAGUUGCGCAAGACUUGUGGCAACACUGCAAGCAUUUAAAAGAGUUGUCGAAUCUUACAAGACCCCAGUAGGGGCAAGUCUCACACGUCAUUUCAUACCACAUGUGCUCUCUCCUCAAAUUGAGUACUUGGCUUCUUGUCGACCUCUGUCGGUAUCUAUGGGCAAUGCUAUACGUCAUCUUAAGCUGGAAAUAUCAAAAACGGACCCAGAUCUGUCGGAAGCCGAUGCGAAGGAGAGCGUCUGCGAUGCCAUUGAUGUCUUUAUGCGCGAGAGAAUCACUUUUGCUGAUAAAGUUAUUGCCGACACUACUGCUGAGAAGAUUAGAGACGGUGAUGUCAUAUUAACUUACGGAAAGAGCAGUCUGGUGCAAAAAGCGUUAGUGAGAGCCCACGAAAUGGGCAAGAAGUUUAGAGUCAUUGUGGUUGACUCAAGACCUCUACAUGAGGGAAAGCAUUUAGCAUCGGCGUUAGUCAGUCUAGGCAUCGAAGUCAAGUACUGUUUGAUUCAUGGACUAAGUCACAACAUCCAAGAUGUAACAAAAGUUCUAUUAGGCGCUCACGCAAUGAUGAAUAAUGGCCGAUUAUAUUCAAGGAUAGGAACAGCUUUGGUUGCCAUGGAAGCUUCAUCCGCUGACAAGCCAGUCAUCGUUCUUUGCGAGACCAUCAAAUUCACUGAUCGAGUAGCUUUGGACUCAAUUGUUCUUAAUGAGAUUGCACCAGCCAAUGAGCUCGUGAUUGCUGGAGGACCAUUAGAGAAUUGGAUGGAUGUUAAGAAACUCCAACUUUGCAAUCCUAUGUAUGAUGUUACUCCGGCCGAGUAUAUUCAAAUGGUUGUUACGGAGUCAGGAAGUAUACCUACGACGUCUGUACCAGUCCUUCAUAGAUUAGUAAAUGAAGCUCAAUAG